UAUCAUGGUGGAGGAUCGAUAACCAUCAACCCGGUCAAAACCCGGGAAUACAGAAAGUUAUCCAAACCCUAAAUGGCUCCCUCGUUUAUGGAUUAACUCUCUUCAUGCAUUUCAGGAAGUCUUCGCCGCCGUCGUCCACAAUUUUGGUUCUGCAUUGCUCUCCUUACUCGGCAAUCCACCACAAUGGUUGCUGCAAAGAAAACUAAGAAGACUCAUGAGAGCAUUAACAAUAGGCUCGCUCUGGUUAUGAAGAGUGGAAAGUAUACUUUGGGCUACAAAACUGUUCUUAAGUCUCUCAGGAGCUCCAAAGGAAAAUUAAUUAUCAUUGCCAACAACUGUCCUCCUCUUAGGAAGUCCGAGAUAGAAUAUUAUGCUAUGUUGUCAAAGGUUGGAGUUCACCACUAUAAUGGAAACAAUGUCGACCUGGGAACUGCAUGUGGCAAAUACUACAGAGUAUGCUGCCUCGGCAUAAUCGACCCUGGUGAUUCUGAUAUUAUAAAGAGCAUCGGUGAUCAUUAAAGGAGGCCACGGGUGGCCAAGAACUCUCUGGGAUGGAUUUAGGUCUGAUUCUUUUUGUUUACAAAUCCACUUAAAUGAUAAUGAGUGAUAACAUUCCUGCAAUGAAAAGUUUUGAUGGUAUUGAGGCUUUAGGUUCUUAAAAAGAUACUCAUUUGAAAGUUUUGAUGGUAUUGAGGCUUUAGGUUUUUAAGAAGAUAAUUCAUUUGAAACUAGCUUUUCUGCUAUAUUUACUUUUUGGGUGGUUUGGUUGUCUUGCAAAUUUUGUUGUCAUGAGUUGGAAUGUACACUUUUUUUUUUUCUUUGAUGAUACCUUAUGAUAUAUUACUUUGUGUUUCUA